UAUUCACCUCUAUAUAUUUUCACCAUGAUCUCUCAGGAAUAAAUAAAAAUCCACACAAUGGCUACUGUGGUAAGAUCUAUGACAUCUGAUGAGAUCUAUGAUAUAUGUAUCAUCGGGGCUGGAUUGACCGGAUCAGCGGCUGCAAGGUGGACGUCGUCUCUGCAGAAGAACGCAAAAGUUUGUCUGAUUGGACCAAAUGAACCAAUGGAACACGAAUGGAAUGAUCCAUCUCGUACGAUAUUCGGCGCUCACUACGACCAAGGCCGCAUCGUAAGCGAAGUCACUACCAGUCAAAGUACAAUGCACGAUUCUUGGAUGAUCCUUGCUAAUAGAUCCAUACGCAGCUACAAGGAGAUUGAGAAAGAAUCGGGAAUUAAUUUCUUUAACGAAGUCGGCAAUGUAUUCAUCUCAUCUGAAAGGACUGUUGAUGAACUCUUGAAUAAAUGUCCCAAGAUCUUAAAACGCUAUGUAAGUAAUGAUCUGUCGAGUGCAAUAUCGAGCUUCAAAACACUGGAUGACGAAAUGGCUGCCAUCUUUGAAAGUUCCCAUGCUGGUUAUAUAAAUCCGCGGGCCUAUAUCGCUGCUAACAAACUUUUGGCAUCGAAAAAUGGAUGUGAGAUGAUCGAAGAUGUGGUUACUGAAAUCAGAGACAAUACAGACAACGGCGGGAAAGUCGGUGAAAGAGAAGAACUCCACAGACGACAUCAGGUAAUCAGAACGAAAAGCGGAUGUGUGAUUCGCGCCAGUCGCGUCCUCCUGUGCCCUGGAGCGUUUGCGAACACCGAACAUAUUCUCCCGAAUGGAGUGGAGAUCGAUAUCUCGACGACCACGGAGACAUGUGUACUGGUGGAGGUCCAAGACAAGGACGUCGAGCGUCUGUCAUCCCUGCCAUGUUUUGGUUUGAAAAUGAAAGACAGGAGAGAUCGAAGGAAUUCCUAUUGCAUGCCUGCCAUGAAAUAUCCAGACGGUAAAUACUACAUGAAGGUUGGUCAUGGACUAGACUUAAAUCGACCUCUUGUGAGCAAUGAUGACGUCACGGCUUGGUAUAAACAGCAAGGGAAUAUUUCCGAUUCUUCUCAAGAUCUAGAUAGUCUUGUGUCAAGGCUUUUCACUUGUUUAAAAGACUUCCAACCAAAAUCAUUAGGGGUGAUACGGUGUGUGAUCACCUCUACGCCGACGGGGCGAUUCUACUGCGAUAUGGUGACGCCGAAUCUCGGUGUAAUCGUCGGCGGAAACGGGCUCGGUGCGACUGUCGCAGACGAAGUCGGAAAGAUGGGGGCAUUGAUGAUUGCUAAGGGGUCAUGGGACCAUGAUCUACCGCCAGAGCUCUUUCAGCUGCGGUAUAAAUAACGUUGAUCAUUAACUUGCAAGGGCGGAAAUACUUCCCCAAAGGUAGGGGGACCAAGGGCGGAUACAGGAUUUCCGCCGGAAAAUCUUACAAGCAAAAAAAGAAAAAGGUUGUCACCCAAAAUGUAAAUAAAUAUCGAUAUAUUUCGAAUUUCAAGGGUAUGAUCCGACAUGUGCUAUUUCGAUUUGUAAUGAUGUAUUUUUUUCUA